AUGGAACAACUUUUCUCUUCUUCACAGCCCUACUCUUCUGUCCCGCCUCAGCUACAUCAGAAGCGGCAAAAUUCUAUGUCAAUAGAGUUUUUAAACCAGGGAGUGAAUAAAAGGCGAUUGGCAGAGGCAGGUGCAACUGCCAAGGGCUUGAAACAAGCUGCAAAUAGUAAUGGUGAAAGUAUAGCUGACCAGAUAUCAAUAAUGUCUGCUAGGGUGCAUCUUAGUGAUCAGCUAAAUAUUAGGUCACGUGAAGUAGUAUUGCCACCCAAAUGUUUUCUGGAUAUUGGUGAAGCCGUGGAGUCCUCUCCAGUAAAGAAUGAUAGUGAGACAAUAUCUCCAGAGAACCCCUUGAAACUUACUCCUCAACCUCAUAGUGACUUUACCCCUCAGUCGCCCUACUACCUGCCAACAACGUUGUCAUCAACUAUGGGUACAGCUACGAAGGCUAUUGACAACAGUAGCAUUAAGCAGGUGUGCGGACGCACAUUACCGGACUCUAAAACGCAAGUACAAGCACAGACGUCGCAAUCGUCAUCUUUAAAUGCCCCAGGAGAGCAUUCUACACUCGGCUCGUAUAAGAUAGCGCCUGUUGGAGAAGGCCACAACUUGUUUGUUGAUCAUUGCAAGGAUGGAACCUACAUGAAACAGAACCCUGGCGAACAGCAGGACGGUGCUGAAGACAUAACAGGUGAGUCUAGUAUUGAAAAGAAUGACAGACAAUACGCAUCAAAUACACAUAAUAGUGUCGGUAAUGCAAGGAGCAGUGAAAGUAACCAGGAUAGCUUUAGCAGCGCUAAUAACAACGAUCAACAAGAUAAGAAAAAUAAUAACAAUGAAACUAAUAACAAUGGCGUUCCCCAGGUAGCUGCCAAAACAAGGCCGUCUAGUCAAGCAUUGAUUGAAAAGUUGCAGGAGAUUUACAGAAACAUUGUAAGGCAAGAGACAGAGCUACAGGAGAGGUGUUCGCAUUUAACCACGUCACAGACCACGGAUUUAAAAAAUUUGUGGGUAAUCUACAAGCUGAACGCUGAAUUGAUCGACAACUAUUUUAUGUUCAUUACUACUGCAUUACUUCCAACGCAACCGGAAGCUGACCUAUUGAUUGGACAAGAAAUAAUAGAGGUUUACAGAAUCGAAAGAAGAUUGUGGGUGUACGGCACCAUUACUUUCUUAGAUGUGUUGAAGAACUUCUCAGAUUUCAUGGACCCGGAAGUUUGUUGUCAGUUUAUUAUUUAUGUUUUCAUCUCCAUAUCUAACAUGAUUGGAGAUAUACCUCCAAAAUUUCGUGUAAUAUGGUUAGAGAGGCUAGGUGAUUUAUCGCGUAUGGCAAUUGCAUUAUAUCCUACCGGAUUUGUUGAUUGGAAGUUAAGUGCAGAGUAUUGGUAUCAUGAAGCAUUAAAGUUUAAUUUUGGUCAUGGUAAGUUAUAUUACCAUAUGUCCACUGUGCAGCAAAAUACAUUGGCUGCUUUUGUUAAUCUCGGUAAAAGUGUUUUUUGCCAUGAUACCUUCAUUCCUUCACAGCAAUAUAUGCAAUUGGUGAUUGCUAAUAUCUACCAACGCGCCUUUGCAGAGCGGAAGGGAGGGUAUUACAGGAAUUCACAACUUGUGGAAUAUUUGAAGCAUACUGAAGUUAUGUUAUUACCCAGUUUUCUUGGGAACACUGAGUUGCAACAUGUUGUUUUGGCAUUUUUUGAGCAUAAGUUUGGCGUAAAUACUGGCACCAACUUCUUUGACCCAAAACUGAUAUUUGUUCAAGAUGGUGAAAGAUUGAAGCACUUUUUCCGUUAUGCACCUCUAUAUGCUGAAUCACACAUUUUGCAAUUGGUUGGAUUUGGUGAUCCGAAAAACCCCUUUGCUUUACUGUUUGGUUUACCAAAAUUUUUAAAAGAAAAAAAGGGACGUAAGGAAAAGCGAAAAUCGAAGCCUACUGAAUCUAAUCAAUCAGAUGUGCCGAUUGAAGAUUACGUUGUCACAGAUGUUGCGCAGUUCUUUGAGUCAAUUGCUUCGACCCGCGUGGCUUACAGUUUCCCAGAAGACGUAAAUAUCUGGAGGGAAUCAUUGAACUAUAUUAACUUGACUUCAAUGCAAUGUAGCAUGUUUGUGUUACGAAAAUUUUUAAACGGUCCAUUCCUUACUGCAUUACCACAUCUACUUCCAUGGAUCUAUUUCCUAGUAGCUGUUGGUUUAAGACUAUCAGAAAUCGAAAAUGAGGAGGUUCAAAAAUUCUGGGUUACGUUUAUAAGACACAUCUUCCCAUGGGAUACCAUAGUAACUUUCCUGAAUGUUCUCCUAUUUUAUAUGAACAGUCAUAGACAAUCUAACCCAAUGGUCGAUGAGUAUAUGUCACGGUUUUAUGAUAUGCCGUUGCUUGAUAUUCUAAACCAUUUUUGCGAGGAUGAGGAACUACCAGAGGUUUGGAAUUGUUGGGGUACACUAUGGUUUGACACUAUCAAUAAAAGGCACGCUAUCGAUCCAGAAGAACUUAAUUCUGGCGAGGAGAAGGAUUACAUGUUCCUAGAUUCGCCUAUAGAUGGUAUUAUAUUCGAUCACAGUGAUGAAUCGGGUGAAAAGUUCUGGAAACGUUGCACUCGUCUCAUUAUUCUUUUCCGUGCCUUUUCUAAUGAAUUUCCAUUUGGUUGUGUUGAGAUUUCCCGUGAUUCCCACUGGUCCUCAUUAAGUUUCAAAUUUGAGGAGCCACCUAAAGACUGGAGAGACCAGUAUUUGGGUAGCUUUGCCAGUAAUUAUCCUGUUUUCGAGGAGAUUUCGCCCGUGAAUGCAGACCCACACGCGCUUCCACCUAGAGGCAUGAUCCCUGGUGUAGACAUCACCUCAUUACCAGGAUACAGAAUCCUACUCCUGGAUUACCAUUGUUUCAAUAAGAACGGUGAUAAAAUUACUGCAUCUGUAUACACUAGUGGCCGGCUAGAAGGUGGUGGAAUACAAGGCGCGGACGACUUUAACGGCAAGAGACUUUUAGAAAACGGACAAUUAGUUACAAGUGAGUGCCUUGACUACGAUAACCUGAUUGAUAGAGAAGAGAAACCAAUAUUGGAGGAAUUCCUAUGCAAGGCGCAUUACGUGGACGACUCUCACUGGGAGCAGCUGCUGCCUCGCGGGGACUUACAAUGCUACGCUGAUACCCACGUAACCUACUUUGUCUUAGACGCGACUACCUGGCUGCGACAUUUUGGUCAUAUCUACAAAUUGGCCACAAAUAAUGUGCUAAAGUUUGCCAUAUGUCUAACUACUUUCCAGGAGCUCAGGUUCUUGCGGAAGUCAAAAGACGAAAGCGUCCUUGAAGCGGCCACACGUGCCGUCAUCACCGUGCGGCAACUUUACUAUGAAAGAAAAUUGCUGCCUUUGCGUUUCACAGGAAACGUCGCCGGACACCUCGAAGAACACUUGGAAAUAGAAGAACAGAUGACUUGGCGCACUCACGUUGAUGAAUUCGUAAUAGAGGCUAUCGACCGCGCCCAGGCAAAGUUUAACCAAGCCAAUUCUGAGUCACGUGCAACUAACCACGCAGCCAUUGUCGCAGCCGGCGGCGAAAAGUUCAAUUUCAUAUCUCUCAUCACUGACGACAUCAACAUGCGCAACAAGGCCAAGGCCCAGAAUAUAAGGGCUUUCAGCACGCGAUUCAUCUUCUCCGUGUGUAACGAAAUUGGCGCCCAGAAGAAGGUAUGUACCAAGUAA